AUGCAGGAUGGCGGAUUAGGACAUGCAAAUAAGGAUGCGAUUGAGGAGCUUCAAACUCGGGAUAUCUAUCCUAUCUUUUGGCCUGCAUUCUCCCCAGAUCUUAAUCCAAUUGAAGCUUUAUGUGACUGGAUGAAGGAUUGGAUUCAGGGGCAGUAUCCGGAAGAGGAAACUCUUUCUUAUGAUCAAUUACGUGAGGUUGUACGGGCUUCUUGGGAUGUACUGCCAGAGCAGUUUCUAAAGGAUUUGAUUGAUUCCAUGCAGGCAAGAUGUCAGGCUGUAAUAGAUGCAGCAGGCCCAACAAUGGCCACACCAACUCCUAGGACAAUCCUUAUCACUGGCGCAACAGGAAAGCAGGGCUCUGCCGUCAUUGAUGCCCUCCUCGCCGCAGACGACAGUGACAAAAUAUUGAGCAUCAUUGCCGUCACGCGCGACACUACCUCCCGCAGCGCACAGGCCCUGGCUCGCAGACCUAACGUAUGCGUUGUCGCCGGCGACCUGGCCGAUCCGGACUCAAUCUUUGACCAGGCCACUGUUAACGGCAAUCCAGUGUGGGGUGUUUUUGGGGUCCAGAUCAACUCUCCAGAGGAAGAAAAGCAGGGCAAAGCUUUGGUGGCAGCCUCUGUCGCCCGCGGCGUUCAGCAUUUUGUCUACGCCUCCGGCGAUCGUGGUGGAACAGAGAAAUCAGAAAUAGAUCCCACCUUCGUCAAGAACUUCGCUGCUAAGUUCAACAUUGAGAAGCAUCUGCAGAAAAUGGCCGCUACUAGCCCGCAAGGUAUGACCUACUCAAUUCUCCGACCAGUCACCUUCUUUGAGAAUAUGACGGCCGAUAUUCACGGAAAGGGCUUUGCCCGGAUGUGGGAGCAGAUGGGCCCGAACAAAGCUCUUCAACUCAUCUCCACAAAAGAUAUCGGCUAUGUAGCGGCUCAAGCGUUUAUUCAUCCUGAUAAAUAUCGCAAUGUGGCGAUGACUUUGGUCGGGGACGAGCUGACCCAGCCAGAAGCGGGUGUUAUUUUUCAGGAGGUGCUAGGUUUCAGUAUGCCCAUGGCGCCGUGUCCAAUCGGGUCUGCGGUGAAGUUCUUCAAGAAGGACACUGUGGGAGACAUGUUUCGGUGGUUUGAAGAGAACGGAUAUGGCGGGGAUGUAGUUCAGUGCAGAAAGGAAUUUCCUGGGUUGAUGGACUAUCGAACUUGGUUGGUGGAGCGCAGUUCAUUUGUCCAGAGGCCAUAAGUGUUAAUAGACGGCAAAUAGUGACGAGGCCGUGCUAGUUGAAACUAUUGCGAAGCUUGCAGUUUAUAGUUAAGCCUGGUUGUACUCUUGGGAAUUAAACCAGACAUGGAUAAAUGAGCUAAUCACAUGUGCUACAAAGAAUGC